AUGGCAAAACUUUUUAUAACUUUGGCUAUUUUAACCGUUUUUGGCGCUGUUUUAGUUAAUGGUUUUGAUAAAAAUGCAGCUGUCACAGCAUUUAUGGCUAAAAUGGAUGAUUGCAAAGCGGAAGUCGGAGCAAAGGAUUCUGAUGUUGAGGAUCUAGUUGGUAAGAAACCUUCCUCUACCAUGGAAGGCAAAUGUUUGCGAUCCUGUCUCAUGAAGAAAUAUGAAGUGAUGGACACUAAUGGUAAAUUCCUUAAGGAUGUGGCCGCAACACAUGCUCACAAAUACACAGAUGGCUCAGAAGAUAGAAUGAAAAUAGCUCAUGAAAUAAUUGAUAACUGCAGUAGCAUUGAAGUAGCUGAUGAUCAUUGUGAGGCAGCCGAGCAGUAUGGAAAAUGCUUCAAGGAACAAGCCAUGGCUCACAAUAUUAAGGAUGAUUUUGAUUAUUAAAGAAGAAAUAAACCCAAGCUAUUCAAUUGGAUAUGA